AUGCACGUCAACGCUGCCCUUGUCGUCCUAGCGGCGAGCUGCCCCCUCGCUUUUGCCGCCCCGGCGGGGAGCGUUGCGCCUGGCCGAGGCUCCCUCCGUCUUGUCAAGACGUCGGAGCAGGACCCGGGCCAGUGGGUUGACGAGAAGGACUUUUGGAGCAAGUUUACCUCCAAAGGCAUCACAUUUAUCGACAUCACUGACGUCGAGGACAAGGAAGUUCUCGCGGUCCUGUCUGGCCAGACGGGAUCGGCAUCGCUGGCGAAGAUUGCCGCGACGUACCCGAGUGGACCGCAGCAUGUCGAGGAGGCGAACAAGCUCAUUUCACAGUCCAACACAAAUGGGCCUCAGAGCUGGCUGAAGUCCUUGACCAGCUUUCACACUCGUCACUACCAGUCGUCGACGGGCUUGGAAGCGUCAAACUGGCUGUUUGAUCAAGUCAAGAAGACGGCCGCGGCCAACUCCGCAAUCACGGUGAAGCAGUUCAAGCAUCGCUUUAAUCAACCCUCCAUCAUUGCGCAGCUGCCCGGCGAGUCGUCCAACCUCGUGAUUGUCGGCGCGCACAUGGACUCGACCGUUGGGUCGCCCAGCGCGCGCUCCCCCGGCGCCGACGACAACGGGUCUGGCUCCGUCACCAUCCUCGAGGCGCUGCGCGUCAUCGCCAGCAGCGGCAUCAAGCCCAAGAACACGCUCGAGUUCCACUGGUACGCGGGCGAGGAGGGCGGGCUCCUGGGCUCCAAGGAGGUGUACGCCAACUACAAGCAGACGGGCAAAAAGGUCACCGCGUUCCUCAACCAGGACAUGACGGGGUACUCCCCGAACAAGAGGCCGGCCGUCUUCACCGACAACGUGGACGUGCCGCUGACGACGUACGUGCGUACGAUUGUCAAGCAGUACACGGGCCUUGAGCCGUCUACGUCGCGGUGCGGCUACGGCUGCUCCGAUCACGCGAGCGGCCGCUCCAAUGGCUUCCCUUCGGCUUUUGUUGGCGAGGACACAUUCGACGCCAUGAACCCCAACAUCCAUUCGUCUCGAGAUUCUCUCGAGAAGAUUGACUGGUCUGCCGUGCACCGCCACGUGAAGCUCACGAUUGGCUUCCUGGUAGAGGCUUCGUAUGUCGUGGGGUGAAGUUCGCUGCCCUUAUACAUGGAGCAAUUUGCGACACUGGUCGGUCGGUCUGUCAUCGGUCUAGUCUUGACGACCCGCAGAGGAGUCGCAUCGCUGCUGAUAUAGUGUGUGUUUUUUCUGAAAGCGAGCGUACAUGUAGCUAUAUUUGAUGUAGG